AUGAGCAACGCAGUCGCCAAACUGGGCCUUUCCAAGGGCUCGGUCGGAGACGGUUGGCAGGAAGUGCGGUCCUUGAAAGUCGGGCUCUUCGCGGCGUUGGCAACAAAGCUUUGUGGCGAUGCGAAUCUGCUCAGCCCGCAGGAGAUCGCACGAGCCAUAUCAGGCCUGGCGAAUUCUCAAGCCGUCCCUGCUACACAUCCGGCCUUCGGUGCCCUGUCAGAGGCCGCACUGAAGCGCAGUGAUGAUUUUCAGGGCUCCAGUGCGGUUCAACUGGUGAAUGGACUUGCAAAGCUUCGAUUGGGUUCCGGACCGGAGGGGCUCCUGAGCCACUUCGCCUACGUCCUGCAGAGUUGGCUCAGUGAACUCUACCCAAAGGAGCUGGCCAUCGUGGCCAACGCCUACUCGCGCAGUGGGGUGCCACGACAGGCCUGCGAGGAUCUUUUCGGACCCUUGGCGACGCUGGCGCUGGAAAGCUUGGAAGAGCUCCGAUCCCAGGACUUGGCACACCUGUCUAAUGCCUUUGCAAAGCUGGAUGUCCCCGGCAACGAGAAGUCUUAA